CAAUACUAUCACCGAUGUUCAUUCAAUGUUGCCAGCAAGCACGAUAUUUCCGAACUUCUGUCUGUAAUAGGACUUUUGUUGAUAUUUUUCGUAAACCAAAAAAACUUUCACUUGCGAGGGUAUCUUUGAUACAGAUUUGUUGCAAGAAAGUUGGAAACUACUCAGAUGAUAAAGAAGUGGAAGACAGUAACAUAUCUAUAUUGCAAGAGAACCAACAUAGUGAGCAAUGGAGAAAACCUGUAAAGAACGAAGGUGAAAAGGUUUCAACCGAGGAUCAGACAAAACAAGAUGUUCCUAGAACUCUUGCAUUGUUAUUUCUACUGACCACAGGUGCCUUUUUACUGCAGCAUUCGUGGUUGGCAGAGCAUCAAAGUCUUGCACUUUCUAUUACAUUUUUUGUUGCAUAUUGUGGUAUUAUUUUUGAGGAAAUAUUACUUUUAAACAAGACUGCUAUAUCGCUGUUAGCAGCGGUGAUAUUAUGGUCUACUUAUAGUACGACGAAAGAAGGGUACGAGUUGGACGCCAUUCAGAACUCGCUAUCUUCCCAUUUGUCUUCGAUUGCGGAAGUUAUUUUCUUUCUUAUUGGAGCAAUGACUAUAGUAGAAGUUGUUGAUGCACAUCGUGGCUUUCAACUGGUGACUGAUUGGAUAAAGACUUCCAAAAAGUCCGUGUUACUUUGGAUUACUGGAACGAUAUCAUUUAUACUCUCAUCUGUUUUGGAUAACCUUACUAGUACUAUUGUCAUGGUUUCAUUGUUGCGCAAAGCAAAUCUUUCAGAUGAAGAAAGGCGUCUUUUUGGUGCAGCAAUUGUUGUUGCUGCCAAUGCUGGAGGAGCCUGGACUCCAAUAGGCGACGUUACUACUACAAUGUUAUGGAUUCAGGGGCAUAUAUCAACUUUUGGUGUCAUGGAUAGUCUAUUUAUACCUUCAUUGACAGCUUUGCUUAUCUCAUUGGCAAUAUAUACGAGGCAAAUAGAAGACAAGGAGAAAGUGCAUUUCAUUCAACCUGAACAUUCUUCUUCUCCAGUUGAUCACAAGCGAGGACGCCUUGUCUUGGGAACAGGUGUUGCAAGUCUCUUAUUUGUCCCAGUUUUUAAAGCAAUAACAGGUCUUCCUCCAUAUUUAGGCAUGUUGGCUGGAUUAGGAACAAUGUGGCUUCUUACAGAUGUCUUACAUGUAGGACAAUCUACAGAAGACUCCAAUCUUUCAGUUACUAGAGAGCAUCUCAAGACUACUUCGGCCUUGAAUAGAAUAGAUGUGGCCAGUAUUUUAUUUUUUCUUGGAAUAUUGUUAUGUGUCGCUUGUUUAGAUAGUGCAGGAAUUUUGAAAGACUGGGCAGGUUAUAUUAGUGAAAAAGUUCCUUCGCUAGAACUCGUUGCAUUUAUUAUAGGACUGGCUAGUUCAAUCAUUGAUAAUGUCCCAAUAGUGGCUGCAUGUAUGGGAAUGUACGAUUCUGUCACAUUUCCACAAGACAGUACUUUAUGGCAACUUAUCGCUUUUUGUGCUGGAACGGGAGGAAGUAUAUUCAUUAUAGGCUCAGCUGCAGGAGUUGCAUUGAUGGGUCUUGAAAAAGUGGACUUCUUUUGGUAUCUGAAGAAGGCAACAUUAGGAGCCUUUGCAGGGUAUAGUGCUGGUGUGGCAGCUUAUCUAAUACUUCAUAGUCAACAAUGGAUUUCGGUAUGGCAGCAACUUCCUUUCUAACAAAUAAGAUUGUUUUAUUGC